AGCGACGUUCUCGUCGUGACCCACCAUGCUGCCCUUAGUGACACGCCCUCUCUGACCCACCAUGGUGCCCUUAGUGACGUGCCCUUUAUGACCUACCAUGGUGCCCUCAGUGACGUUCCCUUUCUGACCCACCAUGGUGCCCUUUGUGACGUGCCCUAGGUGACCCCCCAGGCCACCGUAUAAAAGGCAACGGGUCAUACCGCUCAUGCCAGUGUCCGGCAGGACAGUGACGGGACAGAGCGGGAGCGCAAGGCUGGCGCAGACCCCUGAGCGCAGCCCACGUUGUUCCCCGCUGCCCCAGCAGCCCUGCGGUGCCGAGACACUUCUUGGAACAUUCUUCGUUCCCCGCGCUACACCUUUGCCUUGUCUGAUGAGGAUGGCGGAGGGACACGCUGCAUCCAUGCAGUUCAUCCAGACUUUUCUGGAGAGCUCAGUGAAGGAGGAGGCUCAGAAGAUUCGGUUCCUGCAGACCGUCUCCACCCUGAGCAAGGAUGCCAGAGAUGAGGGCUUCACACAGAAACUGAAGGAGUUCUACCACCGAUUUCAGGUGGCAAAGAACAUCGAGGCGCUGGUGGAAGAGGAGCCCGUGGACCACCUGCACACGGCCGUGCGGCAGCAAGCCAUGCUUGCCCUCGCCCAUAUGAGCAAAGUGGAGAUGGCACUGGGGGGCAAGAAGAAAAGCCUUUUAGAGGCCUGUUUCAGGAGUGUCUUCUUGCUUCCUCCUAAAACAGACAUGCAGGGCCUAGACAAUUUCCUCUACUUUAAGACCCUGGAUGCCAUGGACAUCCUGCUUAAGAGCUUGGUGCUCAGCUCCCCUGGCUGCAAGGACCUGAGGAUUAUCUUGCAGAUGCUGCUGCCUUUCACCGACACUAAGAAUGCAGCUGCAUGUGAAAGGGCUGUGGUCAGGAUUGGGAAGCUGGUCGAUUUGAUGGACAGCUCUUCCUCGGUGCAGGUCUGGAGCUUGCUUACAGAUGACAACAGCUCUUCCCACGGUGACACUAUCCAUGACCGCCUCCUGGGACAGCUGCUGGGACAUCUCAUUGUUUGCUGGACUAGCAAGAUCUGGGAGAUCCAGUAUGAGGCUUUGGAUACUCUUCAUUACCUCUGCAGAUGCAUCCAGCAGCAAAAAUGUAAGAGAAGCUGUGUUGGGCUGCAUCCCUCCACACACAGACAUCUCCUCGUAGUCCUGCUUGUUUCCCUGAGCACUGCAGUGGAUUCUUUUUGUACUUGCUGGAGGCUGUCCAGGAGAGAUUGCCCUCUUCCCUCACCUCCUUUGCCCCUCACAGCUGCUUUCCCAGCUUUUCCCAAUAGCAUCCCAGCUACUGGUUUGCUGCAGAAGCUGAAUGCUCACCACAAGUCCAGUGUGACAUCACCAGAGGAUGAUCUAAAGCAUCCCCAGUGUGGAGGCGAAAGGAAAGCUGGGAAACCCUCCUGGCUUUCCGUGUGCAGCACCAGGAGCAUUGUAAAGGCAUUUGGGGAAGACCUCCGACCCCCUGAUAAGACGGUCAUCCUUGUCAAGGCCAUCGAGGCCAUGAGAGACUCAUGCACAUGCGACAAGGAGGAACUGAUCAGCAUUGUGGAUGUGGCCAUGACAGAACCUGCCUCCUGGCUGACGGAGGUGCCAGUCAUCGUUAGCUGCAUCUAUAAUAACCUGGAGCACAUCAACACACUGUCAGUCUGGCACACCCUGGACAUGCUGCUUCUAAUGAUGGCAGAGCAGUGGCCAGGGGAUGUGAUCCUGCGACUCGUGCAUCUCUCUCCAGAAUGUGACAGUGUUGCUAUGGCCAUGUGGGAAGUGCUGCUCUCCCAGCGCCUCAUCUUGGAGAACAGCCUGAGGGAGCUGAGCAUCAGGUUCCACUACCUGAGUGUGCCAUGGAGAUUCAGCACCUACAAAGCGGAGGCCUGCAUCCAGCUCUUGGCUCUGCUCGCCUCCAGCCAUGUGACACCAAAAAUGUUUGCUGGGGUGUACGAAAUCCGGAAGCUGCUGAUGCCUCCAAGGCUGCUCUCCCUGGUGCUCCAAGGCCUCGUCACACUGUCACAGUCACCUGACUCGGCAAGGAAAAUACUGGUCAUGCUGCCAGACUUGAUGGAGGCCCUGCAGAGCGCCCACAGCGACAACAAGAUGAAGGCCCUGCUCACGUUCAGAAACGUAAUAGGUCAUUUGAAGAAGAAGGCCAGCUCCAUCGCUCUGGAGCUGGCCGAGAAGCUCCUUCAACUCUUUGAUGAUGAGUGCAGCCAGACGCAAGAGCUCUCCAUCUGCCUCUUCAAAGAUGCAAUACAGAUGGCGGAUUGGAAGGACAAGCGGCAGAUGCAGAAGAAGGUGCGGAGGAGCCUGGUCCCACUCAUGUUGCACAUGAGUGACGAGAUCGAGAGCGUGGCCAAGGCCUCUCAGGAAGCCAUCUGUGCAGCUGCGAAGGUGCUCAAAUGGGAAUGGCUCAGUCACCACGUGCAGACACUGGAGAGAUGGCAAACUGUGCAGCGCUUGGUGAGGACAAGUCCCAGGCUGGACACGGGGUGCUCCUCUCACCUCCCCACCCUCAGGAUGUUGCAGGAGGCACAUCUGGGCCCUGGCAGUGGCACAGGGGGCUCUCAGGAGCUCCAGACCCUGCUCUGCCUGCAGCUGUCUCUGAACCUCAGCCCCACAGGGCUCCUGGCUGGGAGACACACAUGGCCUGAGGAACAAGGGGAGGUGUGGGGUGCUGGGGAGGAAGGGGUGCAGCCAAACCGGCAGAGGCGGGGCCGUGCUGCCGGCAGCGUGCUGGGCAGCAGCAGGUCUGAUGGAGCUCUCUGCACAGGGAUGGCCGCUCGGUGCCUGAAGGAGAGCCGCGCGGACACGCUCCUGGAGGUUUGCGAAGCCCUCCAUGCUCUGAGAAGCCACGAGGAAUCCCAAGUCUCCUCCCUGGCAUCUCAGACAAUACACAUCCUCACCUGUUUACACGCGCGGCCAAGACGGAGAUGGAUCCUGCAGGCGCUGUGCUGCUGCCUCUGA